UGUGUCUACCUAUUUCUCUUUUGUAGUUUUCAGUUUCAUUUGUAAUUUUUAGUCAAUUUCAUGUGUGGACGAAAUUAGAAUUUGAUUUCGUUUUCGGUGAAGAUUUACAGUAACAGAAAUAGCUAGGGCAAGAAGUAGUAUUUAUGGGUAUACAAUUGAACACAGAUACAUUUUAUUAGAUAAUUUGAGGCAAAAAAAUGUGAUACAUACUGAAGAAGUUAAACGCAUGAAAUAUCGCAAAAGUACACAUGAUGGAAGCAUCAGAAAUUUCGCGAUGGGGAAGUAUACAGCUGUGGUUCAAUAAUCAGUUUCUUUUCAAGUCAGCCAACAAUUACUCUCAUUUGCUGAGUUUUUUUUAGAAAUUGUUGUCUUCUUUCCGUUAUGUAAUGUAUGAAAGUAGUUAAACCUAAAAGCUCAAUCACUUGCAUUUAUAUUACAGGAUAGCAGUAAUGUAUUGUCCCUGAGUUUCCCGGACUACAACAUUAGAGAUUUAACUUUAAGAAUAUAAAAUCGACCUAACGCAAGUUAUACAUUACCGCUUAUCAAACUUGUGACGUAAUGCCACUUAGACUGAGACGAGCAAGUUCCCUCAUGUCGGUAAAUCCACCAGUAGUAAAAAAGCAAGCGAUGGAUGUUGAAGUUGGAAGCAGUGAUUGUUUGACAUCUAAAGACGAAUAUAAUUUCGAAAACACGCAGCAUCCAUCCGCAGUCCUGUCAUGCUUCAAUGAACUUCGGGCCCAAAAUUUAUUUACUGACGUCAUACUCACGGCAGAUGGAAGGGAGUUUCCCUGUCAUAGAGCUGUUCUUGUUGCAGGAAGCAAGUAUUACCGCGCCAUGUUUUGCAACGAUCAUAGGGAAUCACGAGAAAUGUUGGUCCAAAUAAAUGGAAUGCAAGGAGAUGUUAUGGAUAUAUUGAUGAAUUAUCUUUACACAUCACAAGCUAGGAUAACGCCAUCCAAUGUGCAAUUGCUGCUUGAGGCUGCAAAUCUAUUUCAGAUUAUUCCACUUGCCGAAGCCUGCACACGCUUUCUCGAAUCCCAGCUGGAUCCAUGUAACUGUAUCGGAAUGAAAGAUUUUGCGGAAACUCAUUCACUGACAGACUUGUUCCGAAAAUCAUCUGCUAUGAUAAUGAAAAAUUUCGCAGAUGUCGUACAGCAUGAAGAAUUUCUGGAACUUCCUAAAUCCAGAGUAAUUGAUUAUAUUAGUGACGAUUUAAUAAACGUUCACAAGGAAGAGACUGUUUUUGAGGCCGUGAAAAGAUGGGUACACCACGAUUUCCCUUCAAGGUGCAAUGAUUUUCCUGAAAUCCUAUCAUACGUUCGACUUCCGCUAAUUCACCCAAACUACUUCAUGAACAGCAUAGAAAGCGAUGAAUUGAUUGCGGCGAAUCCGGCUUGUCAAGAAGUUUUAUUGGAAACACGGAAAUAUCAUAUUCUAGGAACUGUGAAUGAAAUCAACAGCAUUCGUACCAGACCUCGACAAUCAACAGGAUGCAGCGAAUCAGUAGUGAUAGUAGGAGGGUGCGAUCGUGUUGGCGGAUACAAUAUGCCUUAUGUGGACGCCUACGAUGCAGUUUCUUCAAAAUGGACUCAGUUAGCAAAACUACCGGCAUUCACGAAGUCAGAAUACGCCGUCGCAUCAUUCAGAAACAGCAUAAUUGUUAGUGGAGGCCGGAUACAUUCCAGAGACGUCUGGCUUUAUCAGUCUCAUCUUGACAGUUGGGUUAAAGGUGCAUCACUCUGUAAGGGACGAUGGCGACACAGGAUGGCAACAGUGGGUGGACAUGUCUAUUGUUUCGGAGGUUAUGAUGGAAAGUCAAGGCUGAACAGCGUUGAAAGAUAUGACAGCUUUUCAAACUGCUGGCAGGAAGUCGCACCUCUACUAACUGCAGUCAGUUCGUGUGCAGUGGCCACGUGCAACAGAAAAAUUUACGUCAUUGGCGGAGGAAAUGAUGAUACGACAAGUACUGCACAGGUCCAAUGCUACAACCCAGAUACAAAUGAAUGGGUUUACAAAACACCGAUUCCAAUUGCUCAGCGAUGUAUCACCGCAGUCAGUCUCGACAAUUUAAUAUAUGUAGUCGGCGGGACCACAAAAUCAAUUCACUGUUACGAUCCACUAACGGAUGACUGGAUAAAAGUUGUCCAUACACAAGAAAAGCAGGAAAGUUGUGGGAUGACGGUCUGCGGAGGAAAGAUUUAUAUCACUGGUGGAAAAAGCGAAGAAGGCUUGGAAGCGUUAGACGCAGUUACAUGUUACGAUCCAAGAACUGGAAGCAUAGAAAAAGUUGCUACUAUGCCCCGAUCAGCGUGUUAUCACGGUUGUGUAACAAUCCAUAGAUUCAGUGCACAAGCGAAAAAAGAAGUGAUUUUCAGUGGAGUGUCUUCAUCCUUUACGUAACUUCGCUACUUUGUCUCUUCAGGACUGUAGAGCUGGAUAUUGGAAUUUUGCUGGAAUGCCAUCACAGGAGCAUUUUCAAAUUUUACAGAGUCGGGAAACGGACUGGAAUUUUUGAACUCUUCAGGAUUUGUAGUAUUCUGGCUAUAACACAGUCUAAAUUCACAAUCUAAUCUAAAAAGGACUUGCAAAUGUCAAAUUUUCAACAUUAAAACUUUCCUGUUAGGUAUCCAGAUUCGGAACUUUGUCAAUCCCGGUGUCUAUUUAAGAAGGCUCUGAACCGAAUGAAACUUUUCAAAAUUUGCAAAUAUUCAAAUCAAAUAGCUAUCCCAUUUCAACAAUAAAUAUGUUAACUAUUUCCAAUGAGACAAAUUCAUGCUGGUGCUGCUCCAUAUACCUGAUUGUUUGAUGUUCCAACUGUGUAAUUUGCAUAUAUUUUUUAUUUUAGUAUUUGCUUGUUGAUUUUAUUUAUUUGUAAAAUGUCGUACUUCCUCUUGCGAACGUGUGUUUAAAGAAUUUGUGAUGUAUUGUUGGCUAUUUGAACAAAACUGUAACAUUUGUUUCAUUUCUGCGAUUCGUUUCAAUUUGGUGAUCUAGCCAUAUAAAACAGCCAUCAGGUUGUAUUUUUGCUUUUUUCUAAACAACUAAUGAAAUUUACUCAUUUGGGCCCGUAAGUCACUUCUAUCAGGCUGAAUAACACAUUUUCAACCAAUUUAGUGAAAAUCUUGGACAUUGAUUGUGAAGCAAUGGUGAAAAUAUAGAAAUAAUAAGAGCUCCAAUGAAUCAUUUAAAUCGGCUGCCAACACGGUGUCGAACAUAUAUUUUUUCAGUUUAUCAGUAGUAAAAUACUGCCCUCUAAAAGACAUCACCAUAGAAUUAGCUUAUUGUAGUGGUAUUAAAAAGUGUUACAUCUUGCCAUUGCACUAUACUUUAGAAUAUAUGAAAUAAAAAAACUAGGUUUCUGUACUCUUGUUUGUGAAUGACAUGUCUAAGUUUUGCCUCCAAUUCAGGACAAUGUAUUUAUAUAUUGUAUUUAUUGCCAUUCUCUCUCGUCAUGUUGAUUUUCUUUUUUGUACAAAAUAAAAUACUCCAAACUUGAA